UUAAAAUAGACAUAAUGGGGCGUUGAUUCUGUUUGUUGUUGUUUCUGUAGGAGAAGUGGAAUAGUCGACAUUUUAAAAAGACUUAAUAAAAUUAAAGUUACACAUUGCCAUUCAUAUUGCAUUUAUAUGGUUUAUAUUCUUCAGUAACUAGAAGAAAAAUUUGCAAUUUUGGGGAUUUUUGUUAAUACUUUUUCUUAAUUAUUAAUCCAAAGAUGGGCAGCCAGUAUAAGCGCAGUGUGCCGCUGGAUGUGAGGAAGGCUGAGGGGGAGAGAGUCCGAGCGAAGCAUCCGGACAAGAUACCGAUUAUCGUUGAGAGGGCGCCUAGAUCAAGAGCACCAGACCUGGAUAAGAAGAAGUACCUUGUUCCAUCUGAUCUCACAGUGGGUCAACUGUGCUUCUUAAUCAGGCAGCGGGUUUCUAUGCGACCGGAGGAGGCACUUUUUUUUUUCGUCAAUAACUUGCUGCCUCCGUCGAGCUCCCCUCUCUCGGUUGUCUACGAGGAACACCAUGAAGAGGAUCUCUUUCUGUACAUGACCUAUAGCACUGAAAGUGUUUAUGGCGCUUGAGGAGAAGGGGGAAGGAGGGAAUAGGGGCUGGGGUUGUGAGAGGUGACACUACUUUUAUAUGUUUAUACCACUGCUGUUUCACUUUUGAAUUAUACAUUCAGGAUUCUCUGAAAGAAAUUAUACAACAAGAUAGCAGGUUCAUUUGUGUGAGUUUCUCAAUGUCUUGCUCCUGUAUUGCAUUGGUUAUCAAUAUUCAUUAAUUAAUGACAAUGAUGAGAAAGAGGAAAGUCAGAGCAACGCUGGAAAACAACUGUGUGUUGGAGAUGAAAAAGUCAGAGGAGACAUAUCUGCUUUCUGUUUUUUGCUUUCAACUGAGUCCUGUGCAUUUAGUUUUUCUAGAGUUAUGUUAAACUUUUCAAGCAAAAUAAAAAAUGAAACAUU